AUGGCUUCCAGCUCAGCCCCAGCGGCACCCCUCCUCUACAGCUGCAUCGCCUACCGCGAAACAAUCCUCACCGAACACACCACCACCUCCGCAACAACCCAAUCCAGCGCCCUCGCAUCCGCCAUCCUCCCCAAAGUCGACCACGACACCCCGCAAAAGAUCACCUUCACCCACGACGAAUCCUCCAAUUUCAUCCACUACAUCGCCGACGCCAGCACAUCCAGCAAUCCCGACAACCCGAGCGCCGCCGGCCUCACCUAUCUCGUAGUAGCCAAACGCGACGUCAAGCAGAGCAGAGCAUUCCAAUACCUCCUCGAAAUCAAGAGGAGAUUCCUCUCCCAAUAUCCGCCUACGAACACGCAGUUUUCUUCGCUGCCGCCGUAUGGCGCGGGAGCUUUCAAUGCGACUUUGCGGCAGCUGAUGCAAUCCUCGAGGCAGUCUACGGAUGCCUUUUCUUCCGUGCAGAAUGAGAUUGAAAGCGUGCGGGGGAUCAUGACGGAGAAUAUUGAACGGGUGCUGGAGAGAGGGGAGAGGAUAGAUUUGUUGGUGGAUAAAACGGAUCGGCUGGGAGGGAGUGCAAGCGAUUUUAGGGUGAGGAGUAGAGGGCUGAGGAGACAGAUGUGGUGGAAGAAUGUGCGGUUGAUGGUGCUGCUUAGUGUGGUGGUCGUUUUCCUGCUGUAUCUGUUUGUUGGCUUUGGGUGUGGAUUGCCGGCUUGGGGAAAAUGCAUUGGUUGA